AUGGCUCCCGUCCCACAGCUCUCCCCGGCUACUGGGAAGCAGGUCCCGCCUUCCUACAUCCACACGACUGGCUUCCACUUCCGCGACAAUCACGGCCGUGCACUCCUGCUGCGGGGUGUAAACUUCUGUAGCAGCGGCAAAGGUCAGCCUAGUUGGCGGACUGAAGGAUUCUGGGACGAUGCGGAGGCUGGAAAGGCAGACUUCUCAAACCGACCGGUGAAUCUUGACGAUGGCAGUGCAGACGAGCACUUUGCUCGGUUAAAAGCCUGGGGUUACAACUUCUUGAGAUACGUGUUCACCUGGGAGGCGUUGGAGCAUGAGGGUCCGGGAAAGUAUGACCACGAGUACAUCGAGUACACCAUCAAGGUCCUCAAGAAGUGCAAAGAAUGGGGCUUCAAGGUGUUUAUGGAUCCUCACCAAGAUGUUUGGUCUCGAUUCUCAGGCGGAUCCGGCGCACCCUUGUGGACACUUUAUGCGUGUGGAAUAGAUCCUCGGGGGAUUUCUGCCACCUUCUCAGCCUUUCUCCAUCACGAGUACCCUUCCCGUGAAAAACCCGAUCCCGCCUCCUUCCCUAGCAUGAUUUGGGCGACGAACUAUCCACGAAUGGUGUCCUUGACGGUCUUCACGAUGUUCUUUGCUGGGAAAGCAUACGCUCCCAAAUGCAUCAUCGACGGUGUCAAUAUCCAAGACUGGCUUCAAAAUCACUAUUUGGACGCGGUAGCUCAACUUGCCAAGAGGAUCGCGGAUGAACCUGAUCUUCUGGACGAUGUGGUCAUCGGAUGGGACAGCAUGAACGAGCCCGGAGAUGGCUUAGUAGGCAGGAGCGACUUGUCUGUCGUACCAAAAGAGGAACGACUCAAGAAGGGACCCAUGCCAAGCCCGUUCCAAGGCAUGCGAUUGGCUAUGGGUCAGCCUGUCGAAGUUGAUGUUUGGGAUUUCUCGCAGCUGGGCCCAAAGUUGUCCGGAAAGACGGUGCUGGAUCCCAAGGGAACCAAGCUGUGGCUCAAACCAGAGGACGAGGAGACCCGUGGAGGAGGAAAAUGGGGUUGGAAGCGGGACCCUGGGUGGCAGCUGGGCACAUGUGUCUGGGCUCAGCACGGGGUAUGGGAUACGUCAACCUCUGCUCUGCUCAAGCGUGACUACUUCCGAACACAUCCUACGGAUCCUUCUCGGCCUGUCGAGUUUGUGCCCGACUUUUGGCGGACGCAUUGGGUCGCCUAUGCAACUCGCAUCAGGCAGUAUCAUCCAGAAGCCAUUCAAUUCAUUCAGCCGCCCGUCUUUGCAGUUCCACCUCACAUCCCUGAAUCGCUUCUCUUGGGAAGAGCAUGUGUUGCACCGCAUUACUAUGACGGCUUGACACUGCUUACCCGUCAUUGGAACUGGUUCAAUGCCGACGCCCUCGGUGUCAUCAGACACAAAUAUUGGUCAGUCUAUCAGUCUCUCAAGGUCGGAGAGACGGCGAUCCGCAACUCCAUUCAGAGUCAAUUGGGAAUUCUCAAAGACGACACGAGGGAUGUGUAUGGAUCGUAUCCCACUCUGAUGGGUGAGAUUGGAUGUCCAUUCGAUCUCGAUGACAGAAGAGCAUAUGGAUACGUCGACGGAGGCCAAGGAGAAGGAGACUACUCGUCCCAGCAGAAAGCUUGGGAUUGCUCGCUAAACGCUGCAGAUGGACCCAAUUGCCUCAAUUGGACGCUCUGGACUUAUUGCCCUGACAAUUCUCAUGAGUGGGGAGACAACUGGAACGGAGAGGAUUUAUCUAUCUGGAGUCGUGAUGAUCUCCGCGGUGGUCAAACGGUCACGACCGAGGGAGACUCGUCGUCGAAGGUUUCCUCAGGCGCGACCACAAGGGUCGAAUCUGUAACCGGAUCGUCGCACCGUUCUUCGACGUCCUCCGACAGUUCUCGUUCUUCCACUGGUAGCACCUUGGCGCCGGGUUCCAGGAGGACAUAUUCUCCAAAAUCUAUCACUGAUGGUCAAGGCAUUACUCCUGCGCUCAUCCUUGAUGGCGCUAGGGUACCCGCGGCAACAUGCCGACCUUAUCCUGUUAAGACUGUUGGAACACCUGAUCGGAUCGAUUUUGACAUUGCCACGACUAGGUUCCGCUUUUCGGUCCGCGUGGGAUCAGAGGACGAAUCGACCAACGAGAUCUGCACAGAGCUCUACUUGCCUUAUGUCCACUAUGCGGCAUCUCUCGCUGGUUUCACCGCGUCACCUUCCUCCUCCGUCAACUCAUCCCGCGUCAGCUUGAUGAAUGGAUCCUCGGCCAGAUCCAAAAAAUCAACUACAUCUUCGACGAGCGCCUCUGAGUCCAUCCUACCGCUUCAACUGAAUAUCUCCAUCAAAGUGACAAAGGGCACAUACUCUAUCGAAGGCCAGACUUUGAAAUGGCGAUACCCCGUUCCCACCUAUGGCGAGGAGACGUACAGUAUAGAGGUGACUAGGAAAGGGGGAAGACUGCCACGGGACUCGGGGUACGUUCCUUCAAGAUCGAGAGGUCUAUGCCCAUCUUGCGUGAUUUCUUGA